UCUGCCUAGUCUUGCAGGCUGCAGGCUGUUGUGGUGGUUUGCUCUGAGCAAAGCCCGCGACCCUUUUGCGCCACCGAGACGACGGCGAUAGCUAGGUAGCAUAAACAGUAAGUGUGUGGCGCAGGAAAGGUUGCGUAUGGCAUUUAUUUGAAUGGCUAAAAUCAUUGUACUGAUUACUUAACUUAUUGUGGAUAACGCACCCGGGAGAAACCUUAAAGCGGCCUCUCCCAGUGUUACGCAUUCUCCCAACCCCAUCGAGAUGUCAGCUUUCUCUGAGGCAGCUUUAGAAAAGAAACUCUCCGAGCUUAGCAACUCUCAGCAAAGUGUGCAGACGUUGUCGUUGUGGCUCAUUCAUCAUAGAAAACACUCGAAGACCAUUGUUAAUGUUUGGUUCAACGAACUUAAAAAAGCUCAGGUAUCACGCAAGCUGACCUUCCUUUACCUGGCCAAUGAUGUCAUUCAGAACAGCAAGAGGAAAGGACCAGAAUUCACCCAGGACUUUGCACCGGUCAUCGUUGAUGCUUUCAAACAUGUAUACAGAGAGGGCGAGGAGGGCUGUAAGAAACAGUUGGGUCGGGUUUUGUCCAUCUGGCAGGAGAGAGCAGUAUACGAGAACAACCUGCUGGAUCAGCUCUCACAAGUUCUAUCUGGUGAAAAGAAGGCUAAAAAGAGGUCAUAUGAGGAGAUCCAACCAGAUGAUGUGGACUUUGCUUCCCAGAGCUCCCCAGCUGAGCCCCCACAGACAGCAGAGUUAAUCCGAGCUCUGCAGGAGCUGGAGAAUGCAGCUUCUGGCGACUUAAUGCUGCGUCAGCGUAUCUCCUCUCUUCCAGACACGUCACUGCUUCAUAGGAUCACAGACAAAGAAUCAGGAGAGCGGCUUUCCCGGCUGGUGGAGGAGGCCUGUAUGCUGCUAGCAGACUACAGUGGCCGCUUGGCGGCAGAGAUUGACGAUAGGAGGCAGCUAACACGCACACUAACAGUCUUCCUGCAAAGCCAGAAGGACGGUCUGGCCCAGAAUGAGCAGAAACUUGAAGAAUACAAACACAAACUGGCGAGGGUGACUCAGGUCCGGAAGGAGCUGCGUUCGCGUCUGAACAAUCUACCAGGAGGACUCUACAAUUCUGCAAACUGAAGUUUCACCUCCUCACCACAUACAGUUCCUGGACCUCCUGCUAAUGAAACAUCUCAGCCAGUUUCUUAGAUAUUUGAUCAGUAACAUUGCCAUGGUCUUCUGUUCUUGACCUCGAAAAACACCUGUAUGUCUCAUUAAGGUGACCUGUUCUCAUUCUGUCGUCAAGGGAUUUUUUUAGCCACAUGGCUUUUAUUAACAGAAAUGUGUUCUUUUCCUGUCUGUGAGCUCAUAUUGUGUUGUAUGUUAUCAUUACACUGCACAUUGACAUUUAUAAUUUUCAGGCACAGGCCUCUUAUGCUUUGGCACCUGCCCAUCUAUCAUUUACAGCUUUAAAGUGGAUGAUGCUGGUGUGAUAUUUUUGGAUGUAUAGUGAUUUAAGAUAAUGCAUCAGAGUAUAAUAUUCCUUUAGUGUGAUCAUUCAUUAUAAUUUCUGUAUUUUGAAUUGUUGUCUUAACUUUCUUUUACUCUUUUUUUCUUAUAAAUGCAUCGGUCUAGCUCUUGGUUAGAGAUCAUUGCAGCAGUUGUCCAGACUGAGGUUGUAUUUAUGCAGUGUGGUAAUGGUCUCUGAAGAAAAUGGAAUACUUGUGAAAUAAUUCAGAAAGCACAUUCUGAAGCUCAGUAGUAAAGGCCAACGUAUGUAAUUAUCAUUUACCUCUCUUGUGAGAGGUAUGUAAACCAUUGGUCAGUGUACAUAUUCACUAUUGCAUGUAAAUAUGAUGGGGUUAAUACAUGUAUUAUGACUUGUCUCUAUGUCAAUAUGGCUAGUGAAAUGGUUAGUCACACAAAUUAUGAGGUAUUUCUGUACGUGUUUGUAGUUGUCCAUACCUACAUGGUACUGAAAUAAUGUGUGCAGGAAUCUUUUGUCUUGUUUACUGUAUUAAACCGCUUCAUGGUUUUAAACUCCAGCCUAUAAUGAAAGCUGUGCGGAUGCCUCACACAACUUGAGAAGUGUCCUAGUUUCAAUAGCCAAGCUUAAAUUUUGUAAAUAUGAAACAAAUUCUUAGAAUCAAAUAAACGGAAUAACAAAACUAUUGCAGUAU